CGGCCUAUAGGAACCUCCCGUCGGAAGCCGUCAUUUCGUUUCUCCGAAAAUUUCCUUUGAGCUUCCGCAUCAUCACAUCAACGUGUAUUACGGAGAUCUUACACUUGAAACGGGGAGUCUUCUUGCUGUUAUCCCCUCUUCUGAGUCCUUCUGAUCAAGAGAUUCGGCCUUCGUGAUUUUAUCGGUUUUCCCGCACACCAUCUGAACACUCAAGGGAUCCCCUUCAAUUGGGCCAAUUCUGGGAACUCACAAUCCAAAAUGUCUCUUGUCAAUCUCGCCCACGUUUGCUCCCAUCUAAACAACGCCACCAAGGCCCGCUUGGGUCUCACAUCCAUCCCGAACACGCAGCUCCACCUGAAAUUGUGCCUGGCUCUCCAAAACUCUGGUUACAUCGCUUCUGUCGUCCGUGGAGGCCCGACUCCCCCUCCUCAACAUACUCUUCUGGGUGUUCCGUCGGUGAAUGAUGAAGUUGAAGGUGUACAAUCGUUGACCCAAAGCAAUGUCGCCUCAAGGCGUCUUUGGCUCGGGCUCAAGUACUGGCAGAGCGAUCCUGUCCUCGGCAAGAUGAGCAUGGUCAGCAAGCCCAAGAGAAGGAUCACGAUCGAUGUCGCAGGCCUCCGAGAAGUGAUUCGUGGCGAAAAGAGUGGAUAUGUGGAAGGCUUGCGGUCCCCCGGUGAAAGUUUAUACCUAUCGACGGACCGCGGUAUUAUGGAAGCGCGAGAGUGUGUUGAGAAGCAGGUGGGAGGCUUGGUUCUUUGCCGGGUGCUUUAAACAAUUGAGAUGGUUGUGGAAAGGCAAAACAAGAUAGAGCGUUUCUUUCAUAUGUGUUGGAUGCCGUGGGUUUUGCAUUUGAACCGGAGUUUGGUCAGUCGCAAUGCCUCCGCCCAUGAUUUGUAUCUUCUUCUUUUUUAUGUUUGCGACAGCUGGGAUGGAUACCUUGUACAGUAACAUAGGAUCGACUUCAUGUAUUACUUAUUUUUCCUUCAUUUGUGCUUCUGCCUAUGACCUGACUUGUUUUUU